CUUGGGGCAGGUUGAGGGGUUUUGGGGUCAGCUCCGCGAAGGCCUGGAGGACCAGAAGGUCAGAGGGAUGGAGACUUGGCCCUAUCAAGGCUGGUCUCACGUCUCUCUCUCGCCGUUCAUCCUGAGGGUACCCCUGGAUCCUGCUGAGGCUGGACCCCGGCAAGUGGCGCCACGAACAGGGAACCCGAAGGGUGCUGAGUCGCCAAUUUUGGUCCUGGGCAGACUGGUUCGCCAUGUCGCAGUCCCCCAGACAUCCGGUUCCCCCAUUGCUUCGACCACAAAUGAAGAAGGACACUCCUCUGCCCCUGCCUCCGCCGCCCACCUGGAAGGUCCAGCAGACUCUGAAACAACCAGCAAUGGAGAUCCCAGAAGAACAAAUGGAAACCACCAGGAUAUCCUGCGCGGGCAACUCAACAAGGCUCUAUACCCACAUGGGGGCAAAUGAAGUCACUUUGCCAUCUAGCACAGGGAAUAGCUUCUCUACAGGGAUCUUCAGCCUCUCCUGAAAGGGUUUUUAUUGCUAUGCUUGCUUUACUGUCCUGCCAGGCAAGUGCUACCUCUUCUACAUCAGAAAAAUACUGGGCAUAUUUCCCUGAUCCCCUGACCUUCCAAGUAGUUAUUUGGAACAAUGACCCUAUACGGGUCAACACAGACCAGCCUCAUCUCUUGGGAGGAUCCUAUACUUCUUAUGAUAAAGAUCACUACCCCAUCAAUUUUAACUAUACUUUUAGGGGAUUAACAGAUGACCUUCCCCUUUGCUUUAACUUCGCCCAUCGUCAUACAAGUGAUCUUAUCACUCCCUCUAAGGAGAGGUGUGUUGGAGCCUCCAAGAAAGCAAUUCUAACAGAUUCUCCAGCAUCAAAAUUUUCAGACAAAACAGGAGAUCGGCUGGUUUGGAUAUUACAGGCCCAUAUGCCCGGGGUCCUUGACCCCUAUAAAUCCUUGUUCCUUAAUGCUCCACCAAAAUAUCCAAAUUAUAUUGAUGUUGCUCCAUCAGAUGUCAUGUGAAAAACUAUAGACAACCACCUUGGAUAUCCAGUAUGGAAAUCUUGUACUUAUAAUUCAAAAAUAGAUUAUAGAAUACCGGGAGGCGGAAACUAUUCGGUACAAGACUGGAGCAAUCCAAAUGCAAGUCAGAAUCCAGGAUCUGUUUCUGACCAUGUCAGCAGGUUUAGCAAUUGGAAAGGUGAUUCCCUCCCUUGGCCAUUGGUGUCCAGCAGAUGGCAUUAUAAUCAACUUGUUCCCCCCAUGUUGUCCUAUACUACUAAGGGCAAAACCUUUUGGCAACCAGAAAUUUGGAGAGCCCUUGCUGCCACCUCCAUUGUUACUUUAACUCGGCCAGAAAACGAUUCCACCUAUUCUGUGCUGGCUUGUUUACCCUCCCCUUACUUUUUUUUUUUUUUGUUUACUAAUGAUUCAAAAAGGCUUCAUAUACAAAUGAAUUAUUCAGGUGGACCAAAUAUAGUCUACUGUGAACAAUGCAUGCUUUCAUCCUGUUUAACCCCUCAAUAUAAUAUUUGUUCUUUUGUGGUGCUGCAACGUCCGCCCUACCUUAUGGUGCCUGUCACAGUGAAUGCCUAUUGGUAUGACAAUUACGGUUUAGCCAUUCUGCAACAACUACAAGAUUUAAUGCGUUCCCAAAGGUUUGUAGGACUACUUAUCUUAGGGAUUUCAGCUCUAAUUACCGCAAUUACCUCUGUCACUGUGGCAGCGAUAUCAUUGACUCAACAGGUACAUACUGCUCAAUAUGGCAAUGAUAUGUCAAAAAGUGUUUCUUUAGCUCUAGCUACGCAGGAGAUUAUAGAUAGGAAAUUAGAAGUAAGAGUAGACGCCCUAGAAGAAGCAGUCAUGCAUAUUGGAACUGAAUUACAAGCCUUAAAAGUAAAGUUAGCAUUAUCCUGUCACGCCGACUAUUGGUGGAUUUGUGUAACACCUCUAAAAGUAAAUGAUACAGAUUAUAAUUGGGAAAAGAUUAAAAAUCAUAUUUCAGGUGUAUGGAAUAGCUCCAGCAUUACUUUAGAUCUUGGAAAGCUUCACGGUCAGAUAAAAACCUUAGAACGUUCCCGUUUGGACUUUACUGCUGCAGGGGCUGCUAAUGAUUUUUUUCCAUACCUUUUCCAACUUUAUUACUGGAAAAAAUAUCCUAUCAACUAUCUUCAGUUAUGCUGCUGUAGCAGCCCUAAUUUUACUUCUCAUUAUAAUCCUUCCUUGCAUUGUCAGAACUCUCCAGCAGAGCACUCAAAAGCUCGCGACUGAGAUCCAUCUGGCUGUCUUAAAAAAUAAAAAAGGGGGAGAUGCCGGGAGCCAGCACACGAGAUCCCACCCGUGACAAGGUCAUGAGGAGAAGGCCUGACAAGCAAGGCAGAUCAGGACCUCAGGGAUUUCGAAAAGCUGCCCCCGGCGCUCACCUUAAAGAUGAUCUCUGGCUUUCUGAUGCUUGCUAUAUUAGACUACUCCCUAAUUUCUGUGACACAGGUAGAAGGCCUUCCCCGAUUUCUCUCCAAACAGAAUCAACUUAGAACUUUAAUCAACAUGUCCCCCGGACGGCGGUAUCCUAUAAGAUUAUCCAGGAUGAAAGGAGUGUUUCAAUUUAGAUCCCUUUGCUGGCAUUCUAGCCUGCUUGGCAAAUGUGUAUUAAUGUAACACAAAAAUAUUAUUUUAAAAGUGGUUAGAAUUGUUCAUUUUAACCAAGAAUGCUAAACAGGGGCUGCCUCACCAGAGCUGCAGAGUCUUUGUGUUGUAAACCUUUUAGAUAAAUUCAACUAAUAACUUCUGCAAAAGGACUAACUUUUGUGUUCAUUAAAGAAUAGAUUACAGGAAAACAGCUUUGCAUUCACCUAGGUCAUAAAAUGUCAAUAGGCCCUGAGGCCAGAAGAUGAUGUAUAAGACAUAAACAAAGAAGUAUGCAGAAAACACCCUGGUUUCGUGAAGAACAAGCUGAUGUAAUGUUAAACUUUCUUCCCCUUAGAAAUGUACUAAUUUAGGGUAUAAAAGCCACGGUGAAAAAUAAAGCAUUGCCAGACUCUGCCAGA